AGGCUAUAUAUUGGGUUUUAACUUUCAUGCCUCCAAAUUUUUCAAAAGAUUUGCCAGCUUCCAUCCAUAAAACGAAAUUCAAACCUUCCGCCAACACGAAGCUGACCGAGAGAGAGAGAUGAGGAAUCCCUCCAGUGCCGCUUAUCGCAGAUCGAAAUCCGCUCCCGAUCACUCUAAAAAGCCUCUGAAAAAUGCGAGGAAGAACAUGAAUUCCGAGUUCGACACGCUCGUAGAAGGCGUUGCCUUGUCUGAAUCGCCAAAGGAUUCUGCUGAUUUCUCUCUUAUCUCAGAGGUUUAUGAAUCCACUGAGAACACGAGGAAGAAAGAAUCUACUGAUUUCUCUCUUAUCUCAGAGGUUGUAGAUGACGUCCAAGUUACCAAAUCCAAUAAGGAGCUCCAGAGCUUUGUUUUUCCACUGCAUCCAGAAGCUCCAACUUCACCAGGGAUUAUCUUUCUCCAUGACCACACCACAGUACCAUCAUUUGGGAUUUCUUCUAAUAUGCUCACAACCAGCACUGCUUCAACCUACCUGUCCCAGAGUGCUGAAGAAAAGACUUCCAUGGAGACAGAAAUAGCAAUCAAGCAUCUAAGACAGGCACUAUUUCGGCCCAUGAAUAAUUCCCUUGGCAUUUCUCUGCGGCAGCCCAAGAGACUCGUGGACGCUUUGGUGGAGGUUGUAGUGCAAGAGGUCUGUGGCUCGACCCGACGAGAGAAAAAUUGUUCUAACUCCCUUACUUUGAAGAAGAUGUUCUUAUUGGUCUCGCUUAGUUUUCUACUGGUGCUCAUCCUUGCUCUUCUCUUCAUCAGUUCACUUCAUACUUCUAGUGCAACACCGCGCUUCAUCGGUCCUUUGCCAACUUGAAUUCUCCACAGUCCACACAUUACAGUUGCUUAAGUAUGACUAUGAGUUAGGUUCAAUAACACUUUUGGAAACGU